UGUAUGUAUUAUCAGCUUAGAGGAAAAAAACUAUUCUCUUCUCUUCUCCACUAAGCGGUGCAGAAGCGAUUUUGGGAGAUUUCUCUGCGCUGCCAAUUUCCCGCUCUGGUUUCUGCCGUUGAUUUCCUGUUAAUCUUGUUUUUCCAAUUUUGUUUCAACUCAAUUAGCACUCUUUAUUCGGAACCUUAACAUUGUCCAGCCUUCUGUGAAUUUGAUCCAAUUCCAACGGCAGUGUAAUAGCAAAUAGCCAAAGCUGUCAUCUGAGAAGCUAAGAUUCUUGUUGUCUGUGUGAUGGACUCUCUGCUUGCCAAUUAUGCUUCUUCGGAUGAUGAAGAAGAGAACCAUCAGCAAAGCUCUCCCUCUGCUCCCAAAUUAACGGUAUCUUCAUCUCUUUUUUCUUCCCUCUCACAGCCUAAAUCUUCCUCUUUCUUCUUGUCUCUUCCUCAACCCAAACAACGAUCCUUAACUCCCAUAAUUCACCGAAAUGAUGGUAAUAGUAAUAAAAAUAGCAUCAAGGAAGAUGAAGAUGAUCCAAAACCCUCCCUGAAAUCCUUUUCUUCUCUUUUCUCUUCCCUCCCCAAACCUAAAACCCAAACCCCACAAGAAUCCAUCUCAAAUCUCUCACCCUUAGGCCCUACUCCCAAAAAAGUUGUGCAGUUCAAGCCUCCUAUAAACCCCAUUAAUGUAGAACCCACUGAUUUUGAUGAUGAGGAGGAAGAAGAAAAGAAUAAAAAACGGCGCAAUGAAUCUUUGUCUCAAUCUUUGUCUCAAUCUUUGUCUGUGAAGUCAUUCUUGUCUAGCAUUCCUGCCCCCAAGAAUUCCUCGGUCUUGGGUGUUCUUCCAUCAGCUGCAGGGUCAGGAAGGAGAUCUAUCAUUGAAACUAAUGCACCCACCUCAAGUUCAGGCGGAUUUGGGAUGGAGAAUGAUCAAAGUAUUGGAAAUUAUGAGGGUGGUGCUUCUGGGAGCCAUCAAUUGAGUUAUGAUCAACACAGAGAAAAUUAUGGCAAUUUUGGCAGUUUUGAAUCAGGAGUAAGUAAAGACAGCAUUCAUAGUAGUGUCACUGGACCUGAUGGUUCAGGUUAUGGAAGUUAUGAGAGUUAUGACACCUAUGGGAAUUAUGGUGAUUAUGGGCAAUAUGGCAAUAAUUGGGGUGAUGGGUUAGCAACGGCAGUUUCUGGGAGGACAGGGCCAAGUGAGAGUACUUUGAGAUUGCCAGGGAAAAGAGGAAGGAAUGAUAUUCCAACUGAAAUAAUUGAGGUAAAGCAGGAUGAGCUAACAAAGAAUCGGCCUAGGGAGGAUCAGGUCAAGUCAACUGGAAUUGCUUUUGGGCCAUCCUAUCAGCCUGCUUCUACGAAAGGAAAGCCUUCAAAACUUCACAAGAGGAAGCAUCAGAUAGGAUCAUUAUACUUUGAUAUGAAGCAGAAAGAGAUGGAAUUGGCAGAGCGGCGUUCCAAAGGUUUCCUUACCAAAGCUCAAACGCAAGCCAAGUAUGGAUGGUAAUGAUCUAUUUGAUUAUGAACUCUAAAAUUUAAGGCUAGCUGCUGAUCCGAAGAUGCCCCUCUUCUCCUCAUGUAUUGACAUUUUUUCAUUCCAUUUCCAUAAGAAUCUGCUCUUGUUCAUAAGCCAGUACUCGUCCUUUUUAAUGUUGUUUUUUGUGUUAAUUUUCCAACAGAUUAUAGUUGCGGUUUGUGUUGUUAUGAUUGCAAUCUAAAGAUGAUUGUAUUUACCUGUACUUCACCUGCUAGAAUAUAUGAAUGCAUAUGGUGACUUUGUAAAGAUUGCAAUUUCGCCCAUGUUGAACUUCUUGGGAAAGGAGUAUCCAACUUGUGUGAUUUGCCUUUGAUUUAAA